AUGGACGCCGACGACAGGCUCAGCUCUUUGCCGGACGACGUGAUCUCCCACAUUCUCUCUUUCCUGCAAACCGAGUACGCCGUCGGAACCGCGGUCCUCAGCCGACGCUGGAAGGAUCUCUGGACUAGGGUUUCCUAUCUCGAUUUCGACAACUCCUGGAUUUCCGAGGGAGUUCCCGAGGACAUCGUCUUCAUGUACAGGCCGCCGCACGAAUGGGUGCAAUAUGCUAAUGAUAGAGUUCAGAGGAGAGUCUUGGAAUUCCACCGCUUCGUCGACAAGGUUCUGAGCCAGCACAAGAAUCUCGAUUCCGUGAGGCGUUUGCGCUUCCGCUACCACUUCCAUUUCUUAAGAGGGCUUCCAGAGCUGAACUGGAGUCCUGGGUUUUGGUUUCAGAGCCAAUGGGUGUUUGUUCCUCUAAUCGAGGAGUUGGAUAUAGGAAUUUACGGGGACAUUGCAGUCGAAGCUACCCAUUGUAUGAGCUGCCUUCCGCAGAGCUUCUACACUUUGAAGAAUCUGAGAAUUGUGAAGCUUGAAGGGGUCACACUGAGUGCUGCAGCAAAAGGGUCGGUUCUUCUCCCUAGUAUGAAGAUUUUACAGCUUUGCGAUGUUAAGAUUGCGGACUGCGAGUCAUUUAGUAGCCUCAUUUCUGGUUGUCCUGUGCUAGAGACGGCUCUUCUGAACUGUUGCUAUAUCUUGUUCUGGAAUGAGCUAGACGUACUCGUCGUUUCCUCACCAUCUCUGAAGAACUUGGAGAUGAAUCGGAUGAUCAGUUUUGACGAUUCCCUAACGUAUCAUAUUGCUAUCGAAACACCAAAUCUUGAGGAGCUUCAUCUUGACUCGUUUGCAGGGUUGAAGUUUAUUGGUAGUAGUCCAUUAUCAUGCCUUAAUAUAGCACAUGUUGAUGUGGGUCAGUGUCCAAUCUCGUAUCAUGCACUGGAUGAGGUGCUCAAUUAUGUCUCCAAUGCAAAGGAAGUGUUCUUAUCUGGGAAGCCUCUGGUAAUGACCAUUCCCAAAGUGUACUUUCGGCCAGAUUGA